AUGGAAACACAAACCAACCCUAUGUUCUACUCAUCAUCCAAUGAACAACAAUUACAUCAUCAUUUUAUAAACAAUAACGCAUCCAACAAGGAACACAUGUUUGAAAAACCCUUAACCCCCAGCGACGUGGGGAAACUAAAUCGACUCGUAAUUCCCAAACAACACGCCGAAAAAUACUUCCCGCUCGGCCGCGACAGUACUGACGCGGCCGAGCAGCAGAAAGGCGUGUUGUUGAGUUUCGAGGACGAGUCUGGAAAACAAUGGAAGUUCCGGUACUCGUAUUGGAAUAGUAGUCAAAGUUAUGUGUUAACUAAAGGUUGGAGCAAGUAUGUCAAGGAGAAACAAUUGGAUGCCGGUGACGUUGUUUUGUUUGAAAGACAUAUGUUAGAUUGCCACCGGAUGUUUAUAGCUUAUAGACGGAGGUCUGAGACCCCCGUCGCGGUGGCUCAUCAUCAGCCGGUUGCUAAUAAUCUACAAGUUAGUGAGUGGGGUAAUAACAGGGUGUAUUAUCCUGAGCACCAUCUUUCAAAUGUAUCUCUUCAUGCAGGAGAGGUAUAUGAAAAUGUGGAUAGUUACCAAAGAGGAACUAGACGGUUGAGGCUGUUCGGGGUGAAUUUAGAGUGUCCUUAUAAUGACUCCGAGCCAUCGACAUCAGAUGGCUCGAGCCAUGGUGGUGGUCAACCAGACCACCAAUACAACUUAACUUCCAACAAUGUCCAACCUCAUAUGAUGAGAUACCACCAACAUGAAGGAUAAGACCUCUACGGGAAUAUGAGUCUCAAUUAUUUCUGAUUGGAUGGCACAAAAUGAGGGAGAUCCCAGAUUUUCAGGCAGAUUUUUUUUUCACUUUAAAAAAACCCAAUAAAAAGGUCACCCUAUAGAUU